AUGCAGUCGGUGCGCAGGUGCGUCAACUGGUGCGUCUGCUGCGGGCGCGGGUCGGCCUCGGUCGCGGACCUCGCAGCAGACCACGUCGCGGGCAUGGGCGCCGAGGAGAUCCCCCACUGGGAUGCGAUUCCCCCGGCGCGAUUGGACAAUAUCAACGGGGCCGUCGGCCAGGUGUCGAGGCUCCUGGAGGGAACCAGCCUAAGGCUCUCCCUGUCCUUCCCGGUCGAGCUCCUUGGUCGCUGCAUCUGCAACGCCAUGGUGAGCUUGACGGAGGGUACAGACGUUGGCAAGAUCUUGAAACAGUUGUUUGGGACGAAACUUGGGGAGAUCCAGGAAAGUCUUGAGCUCGAUACUGUCUUGUGCGUGGCCCUCGCGGGGCCCGGGCGCGCGGUGUCCGGGUCCGAGGACAAGACCCUCAAUGUCUGGGACCUCGCGGCGGGCACCUGCGAGAGGACCCUCGCCGGCCACCCGGCUAUUGUCACCGGCGUGGCCGCGUGCGAUCCGGCCCCGCCCAGGCUGCAGCGCGAGAGGAUCUGA